AUGGCGACUUUGUCUCAUGCAAACAAUAGGAGAAUGUAUUCAUGGUGGUGGGACAGCCAUAUAAGCCCCAAAAACUCAAAAUGGCUCCAGGAAAAUCUGACAGAUAUGGAUGUCAAGGUGAAGCAAAUGAUUAAGCUUAUUGAAGAAGAUGCAGAUUCCUUUGCCAGGAGAGCAGAAAUGUAUUAUAAAAAACGCCCGGAGCUUAUGAAAUUGGUUGAAGAGUUUUACCGGGCAUAUCGGGCAUUGGCUGAGAGAUAUGAUCAUGCAACAGGAGUGAUCCGCCAUGCCCAUAGGACCAUGGCGGAGGCAUUUCCAAAUCAAGUUCCUAUGAUGCUAACAGAUGAUUUACCUACAGUUUCUCCUCCGGAGACAGAGCCACACACUCCAGAAACGCGCCACCCUUCACGUGCGUUUCUAGAUCCAGAUGAACCACAAAAGGAGUCUUCUGCUCACUUCCAUGUUAUAAAAAAAAAUGGUGGUUAUACAGGCGAACCUGACUCUUCUUUGAGCAAAACAGGUUUGAAACAGCUCAAUGAUCUCUACAUCCCUGGAGAACAGGAAAAUCUUACACAGUUUUCAGAAAGGCAAGCUAGAAGGGGGCUCAAUUUUUUCGAGACACAGGAGAGUAGUGAGCUAAACAAUGGGAGCAACAGUACUAGGUCUCAAGUCUUUGAGUCUGAACGUGUGACAAAAGCAGAGACAGAAAUUUUGGCCUUGAAAAAAGCCAUUGCCAAAUUAGAAGAUGAAAAGGAAGCUGGCUUGCUUCAGUAUCAACAGUGUCUAGAGAAGUUGUCAAAUCUCCAGUUAGAAGUGUUAAGUGCACAAGAGAAUUCUCAAAGACUUGAUGAGCGAGCAAGUAAAGCUGAAGCUGAAGUUCAAGCCUUGAAGGAAGCCCAAAUUAAAUUACUGGCUGAAACUGAAGAUAGUCUUCAUAAGUAUCAGGAUUGCCUGGAGAAAAUAGCAAAUCUAGAGAAAAAUAUUUCUUUUGCACAGACGGAAGCAGGAGAACUUAAUGAAAGAGCUACCAGAGCUGAAACUGAAACUGAGUCCCUAAAGCAUGACCUUGCCAGAGUAGAAGCUGAAAAGGAAGCUAUCCUUGUUCAAUAUAAACAGUGCUCGGAGACAUUAUCCAAAGUGGAGGAGAGAUUAGAAGAAGCUAAGGAAAGUUCAAGAAGGACUAAAGAGCAAGCCAAUAUAGCUGAAAAUGAAAUUGAGGCUUUGAAAAAAGAAGUUACUAAACUUAAUGAAGACAAGGAAGAAGCUGCUCUCCGUUAUCAGCAAUGCUUGGAGAUAAUUUCCAGUUUGGAGUAUAAACUCUCUUGUGCUGAAGAGGAGGUGCGUAGGCUAAAUUCCAAGAUAGAUGAUGGUGUUGAAAAAUUAGAGAGUUCUGAGCAGAAGUGUCUUCUCUUGGAGACAUCAAAUGACACUCUGCAGUCUGAAUUACAAUCUUUGGCCCAACAAAUGGGGUCUCAAAGUGAAGAACUUAAUGAGAAGCAGAAGGAAUUGAGUAGACUUUGGGGUUGCAUACAGGAGGAGAGAUUGCGCUUCAUUGAGGCAGAAACUGCUUUCCAAACUCUUCAGCAGUUACAUUCUCAAUCUCAGGAAGAGCUUAGAUCUCUUGCUGCUGAACUUCACAGUAAAGUGGAAAUACUGGGGAAUGUGGAAUCACGUAAGAAGGCUCUAGAGGAUGAAGUACACAGGGUCAGUGAGGAAAACAAAAUUUUAAAUGAGGUCAAAAUAUCUUCAUCUUUGUCAAUAAAAAAUUUGCAAGAUGAGAUUUUGAAUUUGAGGGAGACAAUAGAGAAACUUGAACAGGAGGUGGAGCUUCGAACUGAUGAAAGGAAUGCUCUUCAGCAAGAAAUUUACUGUCUUAAGGAGGAGCUUAAUGAUUUGAAUAAAAAACAUGAAGCCAUGAUGGAGGAGGUCAGGUCAACUGACUUAGAUCCACAGUGCUUUGGAUCAUCUGUAAAAGAAUUGCAAGAGGAAAACUUAAAGCUGAUGGAAACAUGUGAGGCUGACAGAGGAGAAAAAGAAGCUCUCCUGGUAAAAUUGGAAACCAUGGAGAAACUUCUGGAGAAAAACAUGGUUUUGGAGAAUUCCCUUUCAGACUUGAAUGCGGAGCUGGAUAGUGUCAGAGGAAAGGUAAAUGCGUUGGAAGAAACGUGCCAAUCUCUACAAGUGGAGAAAUCCAAUCUUGCUGCUGAGAAGGCCACUUUGUUUUCUCAGUUGCAAUCUACAACUGAAAAGCUGGAGGAGCUCUCAGAAAAGAGCAACCUCUUGGAAAAUUCAUUGUUUGAUGUGAAUGCUGAACUUGAUGGGUUAAGGGUGAAAUCAAAGAUAUUAGAAGACACAUGCCAGUCACUUGACCAUGAGAAGUCCAGUAUCUUUCAAGAGAAAGAAACUUUAGUUUCACAGAUGAACAUAACUCAUCAAACACUGAAAGAUCUUGAGAAAUUUCACACUGAGUUGGAGUCAAAGCAUUUGGAACUAAAAGGAGAAAGGGAGUCUGCACUUCAAAAGGUAGAAGAGCUUCUAGUUUCCCUAUAUUCUGAGAGGGAAGAACAUUCCAGAGUUUUGAAAUUAAGUGAAGAGGAUUUGGCUUCGAAGGAAUUGCAAAUUCUUAGUCUACAAGAAGAUGCCAAUAGCAAGAAAAAGGAAUAUGACGAGGAACUGGACAGAGCUAUACAUGCUCAAAUUGAAAUUUUUAUCUUACAGCAAUGUGUUGAUGAUAUGGAAAAAAAGAACUUCUCCAUUCUGGUGGAGUGUCAAAGACUUUUGGAGGCUUCCAAAUUGUCAAACAGAAUGAUAUCUAAAUUGGAGACUGAAAAUGUUCAAAAGCAGGUUGAUGUGAAUUCUCUGUCUGAGAAAAUUAAAAUACUAAGGAUUGGGUUGAUUCAGGUGUUGAAGACUCUUGACAAUAACAGUGGGCAUAUUUGUGAAGAUAUGCUUGAAGAAGAUCAAAUGCUUCUGACCCACAUAUAUGGAAAACUUCAGGAGAGGCAGAAAUCUUUUGAUACAAUUUUCAAUGAAAGCCAAAAAAUGGCCAUUGAGAAUUCAAUUCUGAUUACAUUCCUUGAGCAGUUGAAACUAAAGGUAGAAAUUCUUGUGACACAAAGAGAUGCCCUUGAUGAGCAGUUCAAUAUCCAGUCUAAGCAGUUCUUGGCAUUGCAAGUAGAUGUCCAAAAGAUAUUGGAGAAGAACCAAGAGUUGAAGUUGACAAUAAGCAAAGGAGAAGAGAGAAUGGAAGUAAUGACAACUGAAAUAGACAACCUACAGAAGAAGCUGAUUGACAUGCAAAAGAGUCACAACAAUUUACAGGAGGAUAGUUGCAAGAUAUUGGAAGAGAAAAAGUCCUUGAUGAGAAGUUUUCUAGAUCUGGGUGAAGUGAAAAGUAAUUUGGAAGAAGAAAUAUGUUUCAUGAUCCAUGAGACAAUGGCUCAAUCUAAUAUUUCCCUGAUUUAUGAGAAUGUUAUAUUUGAAAAGCUCCUGGAACUUAAAGAGCUACGUGAGGAUCUUGAUAAACAUCGUUUAGCAAAUAAUGACCUUGAGGAGAAAUUAAAAGUAAUGUCCGGCAAGUUAGAAAAUGCAGAAAUGGAAAAUUCGCAUCUUAAAGAGUCAUUUGUAAAGUCAAUUGUUGACCAACAUUUAGUUGAAUCUAUGAAUGAUGAAUUGAGUUUUCAGAUUAGGGAUGAAAGGGAAAUAUUGCAUCAGAAGGAAAAUGAGCUCUUGGAAGCAGUCGAGAUGUUUCGUGCUUUACAUACUGAGAAGGUGGGCAAGUUAGAGAAUGCAGAAAUGGAAAAUUCACAUCUUAAGGACUCAUUUGUAAAGUCAAUUGUUGAACAACAUUUAGUUGAAUCUAUCAACGAUGAAUUGAGCUUUCAGAUUAGGGAUGUAAGGGAAAUGUUGCAUCAGAAGGAAAAUGAGCUCUUGGAAGCAGCCGAGAUUUUUCGUGCUUUACAUACUGAGAAGGUGGGCAAGUUAGAGAAUGCAGAAAUGGAAAAUUCACAUCUUAAGGACUCAUUUGUAAAGUCAAUUGUUGAACAACAUUUAGUUGAAUCUAUCAAUGAUGAAUUGAACUUUCAGAUUAGGGAUGAAAGGGAAAUGUUGCAUCAGAAAGAAAAUGAGCUCUUGGAAGCAGCUGAGAUGUUUCAUGUUGUACAUUCUGAGAGAACAGAAUUGCAAAGAAUGGUGGAAGAUCUCAAGAAUAAAUAUGAUGAAGCAAGGGUGAUGCUCGAAGAACAGGCUAAUCAAAUUUUGAAAUUGUCCUCAGACAAGGAUCAUCAAAAUGAAGAGCUAAUAUGCCUGUGUGAAGUGAAUCAGAAAUUGGAGUCUGAAAUGGGGUACCUACGGCAAGAGCUUGGAGAAACUAAACUGAAGGAAAAGAAGCUGAGUUAUGAAGUACUUAAGGGAACAAAUGAGAUUGAACUAUGGGAAAUUCAGGCUUCAACACUCUUUGCUGAAAUGCAUAUUUCGGCUGUCAACGAAACAAUAUUUGAAGCAAAGGUCUGUGAGCUAGCUAAUGCUUGUGAGAAUCUUGAACACAGAAACUACUCCAAAGAAAUGGAAAGCGAGCAUCUGAAAGAAAGAGUUAACAAGUUGGAAGUUGAAAAUGGAAGACUAUCUGGCCAAUUAGCUGCAUAUGUUCCCGCUGUCAGUGCUUUGAAUGAUUGUAUAACAAGUCUGGAGAUGCAGACUCUUGUACAUGCAAAACCUGAUGACUGUGAAGAAUCGAAGGUUAAAAAUUUGAUGAAUAAUGAAUUCACUGAAAAUGGUCAACAAGAUAAGACUGUAAUGGCACCAGAUUCACUCCCUGAGUUCCAAGACAUGCAGAGAAGGAUCAAUGCAAUUGCAGUGGCAGUAAAGCAGUUAAAUGAAAGUUUCAAACUCAAGAAUGAAACGAGAGAGAUUCAAGAGUUAAAAUAUGGAAUUAUCCGGCAAGAAGACAAUAUUCAGGCUAGCAAGCAUGUUACUCAAGAUCAAGCAAAGUCAGAUAACCCGGUUACCGAGAUUGAAGUUUUGCCAAAAGACAUCAUGCUAGAUCAAAUAUCUGAAUGUUCAUCGUAUGGAAUAAGUAGGAGGAGAGAAAUUCUUGAGGCCGAUGAUCAGAUGCUUGAGUUGUGGGAAACAGAAGAUAAGGAUGGAACUAUCGGAAAGCAAGUGGAAAAGACACAGAGGAUGGCUGCUGAAGCUGCUGGCAAUCAUCAAAGAGGAGCAACCAAGGAACCCAAAAACAAAUAUCCUUCAAAAGAUUCCUUGGUGGAAAAAGAGUUGAGUGUGGACAAAUUAGAGAUCUCAAGAAGAUUGACACUGCCACGAGAAGAAGGGAACCAGAGGAAGAUUUUAGAGAGACUCGAUUCUGAUGCACAGAAGUUGACAAACCUUCAAAUCACCAUACAAGAUUUGAUGAAGAAGGUAGAGGCUAAUGAGAAGAACACAAAGGGAAAAGGUGUUGAGUUUGAUGAGGUGAAAGGGCAGCUUGAAGCAUCCCAAGAGACCAUCACAAAGUUGUUUGACGCCAACCGCAAGUUGAUGAAGAAUGUGGAAGAGGGUACCUUGUCUUCUAUCGGGAAGGGUGCAGCAGAGUCAGAUGAAAGUGGAAGUGUCAGCAGGAGAGUCUCAGAACAGGCACGGAGAGAAUCAGAAAAGAUAGGACAACUGCAUUUGGAGGUGCAGAGACUUCAGUUUCUACUGCUUAAACUUGGUGAUGGAAAAGAAAGCAAAGAGAAAACAAAACUGACUGAUCGAAGUCCAAGAGUUCUUUUGAGAGAUUAUCUCUAUGGUGGGACGAGAACCAACAACCAAAAGAAGAAAAAGCUACCUUUUUGUUCAUGUGUGCGACCUCCCACCAAGGGAGAUUGA